AUGGCUGGACCCGGCGAGCCCCGGCGUACGCGGCGACUGACAGGAGCCGCUGUUUGCGGUUUGGUCCUGCUGGCCACCAGCCGGAAUAUGGAAGGCUUCCUGAGCCAGAGUAUGGGAAGCUUGCGAACUCUUCGAAGACAGGUCUUGACAGGUGCCUGGUUGUGGUCGACGUCGCUGGCUGCGGCCACCCUGGACCCCGACCCGGCAGAAGCUCGGUUUAAAAUCGUCGGGCUCCCGUGCGAAUGCUGUGAGCGGGACUGGUGUGCAACGACAUGCAUCGAUGUCAAACAGGGGCAGGAGACGAAAUGCAACUGCCAUGAGUUCUUGAGCGACUAUCAGUCCUCCGAGCAGCUCGUGGUCUCAGGCGGCCUCUACAAGCUCCCAGCAGAUGCUGCCAGGGCCCGGCUCGACAGCAUCGAAGCGGGGCAGGGCGAGGAGGGCUGGGCAGACCACCUAUCCUGGAAAACGGCCAACUUGCUGAAGUGGAACCCAGAGGACGGGAAAAACCUCCAAAUAAAGCCUUCCACAUUGGGUGAAACAGCGGGCGACGGUUUGUUUACGACUGUGCCGCUGCCGAAGUACACUGUGCUCCCCCCCUAUCAGGGCAAGCCUUUGAGUCUUGCGGAGUUCCGCAAGAUGAGAGGUACCAGCGAAAUGGACUACGUUUACUGCCCCCUUCGAGAAGAGGCGCUCUUCAACUUCACCGACGAACAGCUGCAGACUGCGGAGCAAGCCGGGGCUGCCACGACCUUUUGCGUCGAUGGCCGCGUGGCGCUAGAGAAAAACCCGGUGCGUUUUGUCAAUGCAGCAAGGACCAAGGAGCAGUGCAAGAAGGUGAAUGUGCAAAUCUGCGAGUUCGGCGAUGUCGCCUACUUCAGGACAACGAAGGAUGUGAAGAAGGGUUCAGAGCUGAUCACGGACUAUGGGAGUGCGUAUUGGGAGGACAAUUCCCGAUCUGCAAGACCGGACGGGCCGAAGCGUCGAGAGCUCGGAGCCUUCCUGAAAGAGCGAGAGUUUGCAGAGACGCGUUUGCAGGCUUCCGAGAUGGCACGGAAGCACUUGAGAGCCCUCCUUGACGAUCCAGAGUCCGUGGGCCUCAACGAAGUCGUUUGCGCUUGCUGUGCGCCUGCGCAAGUGGUAGCUGGCGGUUGCACCGCUGCUGCCAACUACAGAUGCGAAGCUGCAGGGCGUAGCUUCGCUGCUCGAUUCGAGGCGACUGAUGGCCAGUCGUCUCCGAGUGAGAGCGACCAAGCCGAGGAGGCUGAGGUCGGUGAGGAUUACACCACAGGCAAGGGCCAGGACAAAUCCUCCGGUGGGUACUUGAAGAUCAGUGACCUACUGAAAGGAGUGAAUCUCUACAAUCUGAUGGGCAUUUCGGAGGGUGCCUCGCAGGACGAGAUCAAGAAGGCCUACAGAGGCUUGGCCCUGACAGCGCAUCCGGACAAGCAGGCUGCAAUGAAACCAGAUGAAGCCAAGAAGGUGCAAGAGAACUUCGUGAAAAUCCAGGAAGCCUACGAGCUCCUUUCCGACCAAUCGAAGCGGAAACAAUACGACUCCAGCUUGGAUUUCGAUGAGAGCCUUCCCAAGUUUCGCCCGGAGAGCGGCCAGGACUUUUUCCAGGUCUUCGGCGAGGUGUUCCGCCGGAAUGCUCGUUUCUCUAUGAAGCGCCCCGUUCCCGAGUUGGGAAGCUUGGAGGACGAGCCUCGAGUAUGGAAGCGCUUUUACGACUUCUGGUAUGGCUUUCAAUCAUGGAGAGAUCCAGUGAUGCUCGCACAGAAAGCUGGCGAGGAGAUCUGUGACCUUGAGGAAGCAGAGUGCCGCGAAGAGAGGCGCUGGAUGAUGAGGGAGAACCAGCGUGUGGCCCGGCAGUACAAGCAGCAGGAGCGCGACCGGAUCUCCAAGCUUGUCAGUUUGGCCGAGUCCUUCGAUCCUCGCAUUCAGGCAGAGAAAGAGGCCAAGCGACUGGCUCGCGAAGCAGAGGCUGCCCGACGAGAGGAGGAGCGAACGGCUGCCAAGCGAGCCAAGGAAGAGGCCGAGCGGCAGCAGCGCGAAGCUGAAGAAGCGCUCCGCCUGGCAGAGGAACAGAAGCGCAAAGAGGAGAAGGCCAAGAGGGAGGCCGUGAAGGAACGUGUGAAGAAGUGUCGGCAGCGGCUCCGAAGCUUCCAUCCGGCCGUCAAGGACCAUGUGGUUCUCGAGCAGCUGAACGAGGUGUGCUUGCAGUUCAGCGAAGAGCAGUUGAGGGAGUUGGGCAACCAGAUCGAGGAAUCCUUGAAGGAAAGCAGCCCGCUUGCAGCGGCCAGCAUCUUCCACAAGGCCAUCGAGUCCAUCGGCCUCACCCCAAUGAAGGUGAGCGAAGACGCACAAAGCACCACCAGCGGCCCAACCGACUCCCAGGAGGAAGCACCGAACCAGCGCGAGUCGAGCGAAGAGCGGCGGAGAGCCAAAGAGAACCAGGCCAAAAUGCGAAUAGUUGAAGAGCAGCAGGCUGCAGAAAAAGCUCGAUUGGCCGCUGAGAGGGCAGAAGAAAAAAAGAAAAAAGAGGAACAGCGAAGAAAGGAUGCCGCCGCAGCGGAGGCCGCUAGGCGGCAGCAAGAGAAGAAAGAAGAGUUGAAAGCAAAAAAGGCAGAAGAGAGGCAAAAGAAGCAGGAAGACGAGGAGAAAGCUCGAAAAGAGCAGCAGCGUGAAUUGGCCAAGCAAAAAGCACAGGAACAGGCGCAGAAAGACCGACAGGCUGCCCAAGCGGAGAAGGAGAAGCUGGAGUUGGAGCGGCUGAUCAACCUUUUUGCCAAGGACAGAUUAGACAGGCUGGCCAAGCUUGAGCUUCUCUCGGAUGAGAAGCUGGCGGCCUCUCUACAAACCGAAACUGAGGACAGCUCCCUCGCGGGUGCGCUUCUGAUGGUGAAGGCCAAGCUCGUGACCGGUGAGGACAGCGACUCGGACCCACUGGAGCGAGCCAUCGCCCUUGUCAGUGAAGCGGCUGGGGGUAAGGGCGUCUGGCCCCUGGCCUUGACGGCCCCCGUACACCUGCGCCUCGAGAACGCACUCCGCAACCGGGUGAAGAAGGCCCGAAACCGCCUGAGAGAGGCAGUGAGCUCCUUUUUGAAGUCGUCUAAACUGCCAAAUGCCGAUGAGAACGCUGUCACGGAGUGGCAGCGCGGCAUUGUGGAUGGCACGCUUGAGCUGCCCCCUUGGUCGCCGCAGGAGUCGGAGCCGAAGCCAGCAGGCACCGAGAAGAAAAAGAAGGAGAAGCCGGUGGAGGAGGACUUGGAUCAGAUUUUGGCGGAGUUCGACAGCUCACCACCCAAAAGCAAGAAGCCGGGUAAGAAGAAGAAGUGA